UUGCCGCGGCAACUGCUGGCGGGACAGGAGGCCGCGCUUCCGCUCCUCACACACGGAACAAAGGUGGCGGGAACAGAGCGCGUGACCCCAUUUCCCUGUGGGAUUUUCUGCCCCGAUGGCGAGAGACGAGCGGGCAACGCUGCUGGAGGUGCACCAGGCGCUCUCGGAAGAACAAUUCCAGAACCUGAAGUACCUACUGGAAAGCAAAAUUCCUGCUGGGCUUGUGCGCCAGGCAUCGCGCCCUGAGUUGUGCCAGAUCCUCCUCGAGCGCUUCCCGGAGAAUUUCCUGCGUGAGAUCGCCAGGAUCCUGCAGCAGAUUGGCCGCCCCGACCUCAUCCAGCGCUUCCAGCUGCCCCUGGAAGAGAAAAUCCCCGAGGAAAACCCCAGGGAACCUAAUAGGGACACCCUCAACGGGACCAGGAAUCCCACUUCAGGACAGCAUCCUGGAGGGAUUCCAGCUCCACCCAUAAAUCCCCGACGCUUGACAGAGAAGGAUUUGAUGAGAGUCGCCAAAAGAUUGGGAAAAGAGUGGCAGGAGGUGGGAAUUCUGCAUCUAGGGCUGAAGCAGAGCCGGCUGGACCAGAUCCAGGAGGAAAAUCCAAACAAUUCCACUAUGUGGAGUUUCGAGAUGCUGCGGGAUUGGCAGCGGCGUCAGCGAGAGGAAGCCACGGCAUCCCAGCUCCUAGCCUGCCUUGAGGAUGCCCGCCUUGAUCCCGAAAUCCUCAACUUCCUCCGGAGCCUCCAGGGGAAUUGAGGGGCCCCCAAACUCCCUUCCUGGGGGAGGGGAGUAUGA